GUGCAAGAGGUGCGAAAGUGCAGAAUCACUCCAGCAUCCCCUUAAUGCGUUCCCAAACUCAUCGAGAAAAGAUGUUCAAUCUCGCCGUUCGCGCGACCUUCCUAGCCUACAUAUAUAUACAUAUUGUGCGUAUACGUUUUGUGCCGCGCUCGGGGGAAGUUAAGAAAAUCUUAUUAGACAGAAAAGAAGAAAUGACCCUCGUGCAUUUUGGUAUUGUUCGAUAGACCGAGUCGUCGCUUGCUCGUCGCUUGCACGUCGCGUGCUCAACAAUCGAGAGCGAUCUCCCAUUACAGACAUUACAGUCAGCUGAGCGACGUCGCUCUCCGCGAGUUGACGGAGGGUCGAUGUUCGUCCGCACAGUGCGGUCUCGUUGCGGGUAAGAAUCUGACGGCGCGAAGAUGAACAUCGAGGAGAGGAGGCUCAGGACGUUCCGCGAAUGGCCGGCGAACGCCGCGGUCGAUCCUGUGCGUCUCGCGAAAGCGGGAUUUUACUACUCCGGGCACGUCCAGGAGGUGCAAUGUUUCCUAUGCGGUGCCAAGAUCUCCGACUGGAACUACGGUGACCAGGCCAUGGGCCGUCAUCGGCAGAAGUCGCCCAGCUGUCCCUUCGUCCUCUCUCCGUCCAGCACCUGCAACGUACCGCUGGUGCCGGCUACGGUUGGCAGUGCCGCCGCGGAAUCGACGGCUCGUCGCCAGUCGUCGGACUCGCGGCAGUCCGUCAGUGUUCAAUGCGAUGGCGCGAGCGCGCCGCCGUUGCGGCCGCUCGACUUUGCCAAGGAGUACGUUACCUUCGCGAAAAGGCUGCAGUCAUUUAAAAACUGGCCGAUAACCAAUAUUGUCCAUCCGGAGAAGCUGGCCAUGGCGGGAUUUUAUUAUCUUCAGAAGGAAGACAUGGUGGAAUGCGCAUUUUGCAGAGGUAUCCUAAUGAAUUGGAAACCUGGCGAUACUCCGGAUUGCGCUCACAGAUUCAGUUUCCCUAAUUGUGAUUUCUAUUUGAGACAGGACGUAGGAGAUGAUCUAUUCGGAGUGGUCAGAGUCAUGCCUGAGACUAUGAAAACAAACUUGACGAAGUUAGGAAUAGAGUCGCAUAAGGCGCCCCAAAGACCAGAGUAUGCGACAUACGAAAGAAGAUUGCAGACCUUUAGGGACUGGCCCGAAGAUCUCAUCCAAACCCCCGAGAUGUUAGCUGAGGCUGGAUUCUAUUACGGCGGAUACGCGGAUCAAGUUAGAUGCUUCCAUUGCGAUGGAGGACUACGAAAUUGGCAACCAACGGAUGACGUAUGGAUGGAACACGCGAAGUGGUUUGCAAAUUGUGGUUUCAUGAAUCUUAUCUUUGGACAGGAAUUUCUCAAAGUUUGCAUCAAGACCAGAGAGCCUUUGGAUCUUUCGAGUUUCACUAGCCUGCCAGAAGAAAAUAAUACCACGGAAUCUUCAACUGAACCCCUUUCCUCGACUUCACAACCUAACGAAUCAGAUGUGGUAACAUCCUCCGCAGCUGUUGAAAAAGCUUUAUCUGUCCCCCUGGUUGCACAAUCUAAGGAACCAGAUACAUCUGUGAUAGAUGUAGAAACUCCAGUUUUAUCUUCUCCCGCGGUUCCGCAAUCUAGCAAACCGGAUACGGCAGUAGGUGCCACAGAAGCUACUGUUGCAUCUCUUCCGACAGUACUGUGUACUGUUAAACCCAGUGUACAACCCAGCGUAUCAAUAACAAAUGCGGCGGUCGAGGAGCUCUUAGAGACCGCUCCAGCCAAGGCUGCUCUCGAAAUUGGGCUACACGUAGGUAGAGUAAAGAGAGCUCUGAAGAAAAGAAUGGAGAGCGUUGGCAAACCGUACACGGAUGUUGUACAACUCAUACAAGAUGUUCUAUACGAUCAAGUUAUGGAAGAGGAUAAUAGGCUCGACGACACCACCUCUAACUCGCCAACCGCGGAAUUGAAUACCUUGUUUGACCAAGUGACUAUGCAAAUGACUAAUAAUUCCGCAAAGGAAAGUAGUACGCGAGAACCUGACGCAAUUGAAAGGGACCCCGAGAAGAGGAAAACUGAUAACGAAUCAGAUGAUCUUAUAUCUUUGCGGGAGGAAAACAGAAAAUUGAAGGAGGCUCGUUUAUGCAAAGUCUGUAUGGAUCACGAACUAGCCGUAGUAUUUUUACCUUGUGGGCAUUUAGGAACGUGCAACUACUGCGCACCGGCUCUCUCGAACUGUCCGUUAUGUAGAUUGAGGAUUCGUGCUUACGUCCGUGUUUUCUUGUCCUAAAUUAGGUUGUACAUGCAAAUCUAGCGCCGGGUUGUGCGCGAUUCAUGGUUCGAGAUUGGCAGCUCGCUAUGUGUGUAUGAGAAUCGCACGGGACGGCGGAACAGUCUUCGACGAAGUCAAAAGACGCGAAUUGUUACGCGUUAGACAGAUUUGUGGUAAUUCGCGUACACCAGAAAUCGCUAACAGGAUGUGAAGCAUCUGUAACGGCAAACUAAAUUUCAUGAAAUCUACUAUCGCAAAUAAUGAAUGACAAAUGACAAAUCAUGAAUCGCACAUAAUUCGGCGCUAGCUCAAGAUAGGCCUCUCUAAAAAUGUGACGUAGAUCAGGCGAAAGCUAAAGAAUCGAAUUUGAGCCAUUCUUUCAUUUAUUUAUGUUAUGUGUAUUAUGUUAUAUUUUACGUACAAAUUGUUUUCUUAUAUUAAUUUUAUUUUUAAAACGACAAUAACGUAACAAUGCACGUUAUUUCAUUAAGUAAAACUAUAAAAAGCGAAAAAUAAAGAAACAAUAGUUGCAAUUGAUUACAUAGAUACUCGACGCUAUCGACCUACAAUAAUUGUUAUAUGUGCAUUAUCAACAGUUUUUAUAGACUUACAGAUAAAUGCCAUUAUUAUCGUUGUUAACUUUGCAAAGUGUUACUCUAAUAUUGUAUUAAGAUUGUUGGCUCGGAGAUAGAACUGCUAUAUUAUUUACAUCAAUAUCUUCGUACGUUAAAUGUAUAAUCGAAAGAUAUAACCCAGUCGAUAAAAAGUGCCAGUUGAUAUUGUUUAUUUAAGCAUAGUUAAGAUGAUACGAGGUGUGAAUCAAUGUCUUUCUUCGAGGUUAUUAAAAUUUAAAUGGUGUUACUUAAAGCAAGUUUAUCAGAGCACGUACAAAAGAGGCGCUUAAUACGGUCGAUACCGCCCCACGUUGCGUCGUGAUAAAGUAUAUGUGUGUGUAUAUACUCUCCCACUGAUAAUAUACAUCGCAGAUAAAAUAGCCAAAGCUAUAGAAAUCAGUACUGCGUUUGUCGAGGGUGAGUAGAAACGAGCGAUUGAAUUUUUGGACAACUGUCAAUUCGAUCGUUUUAAGGACGUACGAUAUCAGAAGUAAUAUGUACAGCCUCGUACUAAUUUCUAGUCCUAUCGUUAGCACCGCAAGCUUCAAAAGAGCGAGCUUGGCCGGAAUCGUACCAAAGAAAGAAAUGAAGAAUCAAGUGUCUUCGUACUCGUACAAUUUCAUUUCGAACGCCGGCGCAGGAUGGAAAUUAAUAUAAAUGUGAUAAUCGUGGUGUUUACCUGAGUAAGACCCGGUUUCACCAAACAUCACUCAACUUUAAUCUUGGUUUCAUUCAUGUUUGUCUCUUUCUAGAA